AUGGAUAAGAAUCUCUACAAAGAUGCCACCCUCCUCUCGCAAAUCAAGGCUUUCGUCCGGGAAGAAGUUGCUCGCCAGCUCUCCCUGAUCUCCAACCCACCGGAGUCAACGGCAACUAAUUUUGACAAGCAAUGCGGACAGAAGGCCGACGUAGGGAUUUGCGGAGCGAAGUUGCCGAGAUGGUGGUUCAACAAGGAGACUGGCAAAUGCGAAGUGUUUUAUUACGGAGGCUGUGGCGGCAACGAGAACAAAUACUGGACCAAGAAGAAGUGCGAAAAAACAUGCUCACCUGUGAAAGCGGCAACUAAUUUUGACAAGCAAUGCGGACAGAAGGCCGACGUCGGGAUUUGCGGAGCUAAGUUGCCGAGAUGGUGGUUCAACAAGGAGACUGGCAAAUGCGAAGUGUUUUAUUACGGAGGCUGUGGCGGCAACGAGAACAAAUACCGGACCAAGAAGAAGUGCGAAAAAACAUGCUCACCUGUGAAAGCCGCAGCAGCAUCCGUGUGCCACAAGCCACCUUACCCUGGUCCCUGCAGUGCCUCUUUGGAGCGCUUCUACUACGAUCCGAACACAAACUCAUGCCGUCCCUUUAUCUACGGUGGCUGCAAGAGCAACGGCAACAACUUCGAGUCGCCCAUAGACUGCUGGGCAUCCUGCCGCUCAAUGAAGUUUGGAGAACCCAUGCCGCGGGUCGCUUAGGCGAGCAGCAACAAGUGAUAAUACUUUCUCCCCGCAGAAUAAAUGGUUAACACACAAGUUUGGUAUCCGAAAGUGUCCCUGGAUUACAUACAACAGAUAGUAUUAGCAUGAAAGUCAUCCCGGGGCCUACAACAUCAAUUAUUAGUCAACAGAACACCAAGCCAAUCUGAGCAUAAGAUGCAAACCGCUCUGACUGAUGAAUACUAAU